AUGGCUUAUCGCGCGACUCCUUGCCCAUCUGCACCCAACCACUUGUCACCAGCCGAAAACUUUCUGGGACGGAAGCUUCGCAGCGAUUUCUAUCAAAUGAUGCCACAGACAACUGACAGAAUAUAUAGGACCACGCGAUGCCAUUGGGGACCAAUUAAAUCGAAACAAUGGAUCACGACUACUACGCUGUGGAAAUCUACUGUGGAAUCGACAUGUGAAUCAACUGAAACCACGAGACCACACGCGCAUGGCCGACCAACUGAAGGACGUGUUCGCCCUUACACCUGUAGCAAAAGCUACAAUUAUGUUGUCCUGCUCGAUAGCCGCAUAAAAGGAGGUGAUUCCAACGUCCGCCAGCUUUCUGCUACAACACCAAGUCGCGUCCGUCCAGCUCAACGGCCACAAUUGGACCCGCUCAAUCUGGGACAAUAUUCUUCAAUAUCGCGUAGGACAACGUUGCCUUUGCUCAACUUUAAAGGUAACACCGCGUGGCGACUCGAAGAGUAUCUUGGCGAGCAACCUUUAUACAAACGCUAUAACCUGUCGACCGAGCCUGCUACUCUUAUGGAACAAACACCGCCGGAUGCGGAG